CGCGGGAGGCGGCGCUGGAGGUCAUCCACUGGGUUGCCCGCUUCAAGCCCAAGCAGCUCUCCCGCAGCAAGGAGCAGGUGCGGGCGCUGGUGGGCGCGCUGUGCACCAUGGCAGCGGAGCCGCCCCCGCCCGACCUAGACCCGGAGGACGAGGGCACGCUGCCGCCCGCCAAGCUGGCAACGCAGGCGCUGGACUCGGUGGCGCUGCACCUGCCGGCGCAGUGCGUGUAUCCUGCGGUCCUCUCCUUUGCCCGCGAGGCGCUGUCCUCCCCCUCCCGCGCGCACCGCGAGGCCGCCCUCACCGCGCUGGCAGUGGUGUUCGAGGGGUGCGCGGAGCCGCUCAGGAAGAGGCUCAAGGACGUGAUGCCGCUGCUGCUGGCUGGCCUCCGCGACCCCGAGGCGCCCGUGCGGGGUGCUGCCGCCUUCGCCCUGGGCAUGGCGGCGGAGUUCCUGCAGCCGCACAUCGUGGAGUACUACAAGGA